UUUUUUUUUAAUAAUUUAUUAUUAUUUUAUUUAUUUUACUUUUCCUUUUUAAAUAAAUCCAGGUCUCAAAAAUCCUAGCAAAUUCAGGCCAAAUCAAACAGUUUUUGCAUCUGAAAUUUUGAAACAAAGAAGCAGAAGCUGUAGCUGUAGCUGAGAAGGUGCUUUGGUGGGGUAGUCUUUGGACCGAAGAGACCGAGACUGAGAGACUGAGACUGAGACUGAGAAGAAAUCUUCCAAUUCCAAAUCUUUAUUAAGUUUUAAUUCGCUCUCUUUCUCUCUCUCUCUCUCUCACUCACUUUCGCGCUUUCUCUCUCUCUCUCUCUCUCUCUCUCUCUCUCUCUUUGAAGCUUUAAUGGCGACUGGAGAGGUUAAUAAACGUCAAUCACUCCCUCCUUACCCAGAGAUGAUUAUCAGGGCCAUUGAGGCAUUGAAUGACAAGAAUGGCUCUAACAAAUCUACAAUUUCGAAAUACAUUGAAUCAACUUAUGGGGAAUUGCCAGCCGGGCAUUCACAACUCCUCUCUCACCACCUCAACAGAAUGAAAGAGAGUGGAGAGCUGGUGUUCUGGAAGAACAACUACACGAAGGCAGACCCCAAUGCACCUCCAAGAAGGGGUCGUGGCAGGCCACCGAAGCCCAAGGAACCUCUGCCACCAGGAGCAUCCUUAGGCCCGAUGAGGCCUAGAGGCCGGCCGCCUAAGGAUCCUGAUGCGCCCCCGAAGCCUACCAAGCUUAAGAUAUCGUCGGGAAGUGGGAAACCAAGAGGGCGGCCGAGAAAAAUGGCUCGGCCUACUGGAGGUUUGGGAGCAUCAACAACAACAAUGGCAACAGCAACAGGAGGGAGGGGAAGGGGUAGGCCUCCGAAGGUGAAGCCUACAUUCACUGAAGUGAGUGUUCAGCAAUAGACUUUUUAAUUCGUACUGUUAGUGCUUUGAGUCUCCUUCUCUCUGCCUGAGUCAUUGUAGAAUUUGGUUGUGUUUAGUUUAGCUUUGUGUUUGCAUGUACAAUGUGGUGUAACUGUCUGAAGAUUUGUUGAUCUGAACUUCUCAAUUUCAUGGAGGAUUUGACUGUUUCUAAUGAUGAUAUGGUUUUAUUGCCUUGUCGUGUUUCA